AUGACGUCGCUCUUCAGCGCAGGGCAGUCCAUUUCAAGUAUUGGCAAGUCUAUGACAGCUAUCGCUCGAGUCGAGGAGCAUCUCGCGACGUUCAUGAAGAAAGUUAUUUACUUUGACAAGUUUUUCCAGCGCAUGGGACCAAAUUUGCCAAUUUGCGUCAUGGAUACAGCAUCGUUGCUAUUUCAACGCUGCUACGAGUAUCGAGACGAAAUUCGAGACGAGCUUGAGUCUAGUGUCGCAUAUGUAGCUGAUGCAGGUCGGUGGGUUGUUGGAAUAGGAGAUUGGAACAGCAAGAUGGAAAAGCGUCUGAAUCAGGUCAGUGAACUGGUACUUUUAGCCAAUACGUUGCUGACAGAGUACGCAGUGACUGGAAAAGUGGGUGCCGGCGGCUGUCGCGACGAGUUAGUCGCGUAUCUACAGAUAUUAGCAGCUACCAUUACGCUGAAAAAUCCGCCUAUGAACAGAAAAGAUGGAGGGACGAUAACAAACUUGGAUGAGAGGCCACCGAUUGCACGGUCACAGUCGGGAACGGCUGCGGAAUUCAGCUCAGAGAUAUCAGCCUUGGGUACGGAGAUUUCUGGGGCAUUUUCAGAGAUGUUUGGUAAUAAUGACUGGAAUAAGUCGACGUCAUCCGGUACCAUCGGUCAGACGUCCAGACCUAGCUUUGACACUGAUGAUGAUGCGAUGAACCCAUUCGCAGUUUCGUAUCGGCAUCCUGUUGACCCGUACGUCAAAGUCGUGAGCAGUGCUGGUGCAUCUGUCACCAGUAGUUUACAAAGCCUACCGGAUGCUACAUUAACAGGUGCAGGUGCAGCAUCAGAAAAUCCGCAAAAAGAUGAAGACUUCUUGGAUGGUCCAUUGAAUCUUGUGAGUAUGGGGGAGUACGAGUGUCUGGAGAUAGAUUCUAUUCCAAAGUAUGCUGCGUUCAAGUCGUCUGCCCAACUCGCUGCGCGACGCCAGUAUGCAUCUUGUAGCGGGAAUGGUAGUCUUGCGACCAGCUUGACAAGUGACGGAGGACGAAUUGGACAUAGCGAGUUAAGGGCGGAGUACAACGAAUUUUUCCCGUUGCCACCAUCGUCGACUCACACAAAUUUCAAUUGCUUGAGUUCUCUAGACAGACAUACCGUUUUGAAAAAGAAGUAUCCUGUGGAGCCGAUCCGGGACCUAAACUACUCGUACGAUUUUCAAUGUGAGGUGGCGCACAACCCAUUUAUUUCGUCAAAUACACUGGGGCUCAACGAAGACGAUGUCUCUGUAACAAGUCAGCAAAAGUUACCGUCAUUGAAGCAGCAGCCAGCGCGGUCGACAGAUGGACGGUCAAAAAUGACGCGAGCAUCUUCACCACCGUCUACAUCUACAACGACGACAUCUGCCGUCAGCGCCGCGUUGGGUCAAACGCACACACCCGUCUCGCUCUCUUUUGAUGUAAUAGAUCCUUCAGCCGCUGAAACUGAAGCCGGGGCAGUGCCUUUGCCGCCAACUGUUGACGAAGCUAUCGGUUACACUCAAGUACAAGCUCAUGCAGCAGUACGUAAUGGACCAGUUACUAGUGCGCAGUCCUCAAGUUUAAACGCUGUGCAGGGGCACAGCGCACCUAAAGUAGACGCAACUGAGGCAAGGGCUUUAACUGCUGAUCAUGAGCAUCAUGAUAGUGACCACGAGUACAAUUUGUUUGGAGUUGGUUAA